CUGGGGGUGGGCUCUAGAUUAAGAGCCAACAAACCAGAGAAAAGAUUUAGGAGGGAGGGUUGCUUGAAAAAGUCUUCCCCCUUCCAAGUUUGCAGAAGGAAAAUUCCACCCUCGCUGGGCUUGGGCGAGGCCCCGCGCCCACAAUAGAUUCCAGCUGUGGAAAACAUGACGUGUGCGGACAUGAAGGACUGCGAUUUCCUUUGGCAGCGGGAAUCUGCUCUUGCAGAACACGCCCAGCUCUGCUUCUCUUCACACACACACACACAGACAGACACACUCAGAGCUUCUGAAAGACGCGGCAGGUUCUGGGACUCUCCACCAUGUUCCUUGCUCAAGCUUUGCUAGAUGCCGCCACCGGUGGUGGUGGUGGAGGAGGAGGAGGAGGAGGAGGAGGAGGUGGUGCUGGAGCCUUCCUGAAGAACUUGACAGGAGGAGGAGGAGGAGGUGGUGGAGGAGGAGGAGGAGGUGGUGGUGGUGCUGGCGCUUUCCUGAAGAACUUGACAGGAGGAGGAGGAGGUGGUGGUGGUGGUAGUAGUAGUGGAGGAGGAGGAGGUGGUGCUGGAGCCUUCCUGAAGAACUUGACAGGAGGAGGAGGAGGAGGUACUGGAGGUGCCCUCAUACAAGGCCUUGGUGGACUCCUGUCAGGAGGAGGAGGAGGAGGCGGCAGUGGUGGUGGUGGAGGAGGAGGAACAAGUGGCGGUGGCGGUGGCAGCAAAGCUGCCAACGUUAUGGGUCUUCUCGGUGGUCUUGUGAACAUCAUCAGUGAAGCCGCAGCCCAGUACAAACCAGAGCCCCCACCAGCUCCUCGCAGCCAUUUUGCCAACGUGGAAGCCAACGAAAGUGAGGAACUACGCCAAUUCCGACGGCUCUUCGCCCAACUGGCGGGCGACGACAUGGAAGUGUGCGCCACCGAGCUUAUGAACAUCCUCAACAAGGUGAUGGCCCGCCAUCAGGACCUGCAAUCCGAAAGCUUCAGCCUGGACACUUGCCGAAGCAUGGUGGCCGUCAUGGACAGCGAUGCCACUGGCAAGCUGGACUUCUACCAGUUCAGAUAUCUCUGGAACAACAUCAAGAAGUGGCAGUGCUCCUUCAAAGAGUAUGCUGGCCCAGCAGGGAGAAUCGAGAUGAGGAAUCUGCCCGCGGCUUUCAAGGCCGCUGGGUUUAACCUCCAUGAGCAGCUCUAUGCCCUGAUGAUCCGUCGUUACGCCGACGAAGACGGCAGCAUGGAUUUCAACAACUUCAUCAGCUGCUUGGUCCGUCUGGAUGGAAUGUUCCGGGCCUUCAAAUCCCUGGACCGACGUGGGGAUGGAAAAGUCCAGAUGAACAUUGAAGAGUGGUUGCAGCUCACCAUGUACUCUUAAAAACGAGCGAGGGAUGGAAAGACAAAGCAGUGGUUUGCUCCACCUUGGACCGUACCAUUUAUGGGGUGGUUUGAGGGAAGAGGGCUAGAUGUAAAUAUUGCUUCUGCUGAGACUUCAAUUAAACCUUCCUGCUUACAGUGAGUGCCUUUUGGCUGAUAGCACCUCUGGGUUAUUGAGAGUAACCAAUGCAUGCAUUUUUUUAAAAGAACAUUUGUUUAUCACUGAUGUUUUGGUUUGUUGUAUGUGGCUGGGCCUGAAUUCUGCAAUAGUAUUAAGGUUGCAAGCUCAUGUUAGCCAUGUUGGAAGUGCGUGGGAACCUGUGGGUUAUUUCACGGGCAACUAGGAGGGAAAAACCCAAUAUUUUGUUGCAAAAUAAAAGAUGGCCUACUACUCUCCUUAGGUUAACGCCUACAUUGUGCAAAACGAAGCAACAGUUAUCAUUAUUCCAAAUUUUCUCCCUCUCUGCUUUAGGAGAGUGUUUUGAUCUCCUUUCCUUAUUUUGUUUCCAAUAUUGUUCUGAUCUCCUCCUCCUAAAUUGAUAUUCGUGGAUUCUAAACCUUGAAUAAUCCCUGGUCAGGUUAAGGUAGUUCUUCUUGUGCUUUUCAAAAGUUUGAUCUGACUUUAAUUUACAGAUGUCUCUAUUGUUGAACAUAACCUGGAGCUCUGUUGUCCUCUUAUCAUGGAUGGGCACUCGGGAUCCUAAACUCAUUUUUGAAAGAAUAAGAUUAGCUGCUCUCAACCUGUUGCCCUCUAGAUUCCGUAUAUUUAUGUUUCCAUCGUAGUCAGUAAUGGUCACUUGGGGUGAUGGACACAGCAAUCUGGGAGAUUUAGAAAACAGCACAUUGUGUAAAUGCAACCGGAGGGAGAUGACACCUGCAGCUUCUGGGUUAGCCAUGUUCUCUGUUGCUUUUGCUGAGCGCUGGUUUUUCAAAGAAAGGAAUCAUGGCAAAAAUAGAUCUAGUCCUUUAAAAGGUCUCUCCGUUGUAAAGAAGAGAAAAUAAACUUGGAUUAUAACAAAAGGAGAA